AACCCGGCGCCUCCUAGCAACCGCGCAGCCCGGCUAUGGCGGCCGCGGGCCCCAGCGUCUUCCUGCUCAUGGUCAACGGGCAGGUGGAGAGCGCCCAGUUUCCUGAGUAUGACGACCUCUACUGCAAGUACUGUUUCGUGUACGGCCAGGACUGGGCCCCCACAGCGGGGCUGGAGGAGGGCAUCUCACAGAUCACCUCCAAGAGCCAAGAUGCAAGGCGGGCGCUGGUGUGGAACUUCCCCAUCGAUGUCACCUUUAAGAGCACCAACCCCUAUGGCUGGCCGCAGAUCGUGCUCAGCGUGUAUGGGCCGGACGUGUUCGGAAAUGAUGUGGUCCGAGGAUACGGGGCAGUGCAUGUACCCCUCUCACCUGGCCGGCACAAAAAGACCAUCCCCAUGUUUGUCCCAGAAUCUACAUCUAAACUGCAAAAGUUUACCAGCUGGUUCAUGGGACGGCGGCCCGAGUACACAGACCCCAAAGUGGUGGCUCAGGGGGAAGGCCGGGAAGUGACCCGUGUCCGUUCCCAGGGCUUCGUCACUCUCCUCUUCAACGUAGUGACCAAAGACAUGAGGAAGCUGGGCUAUGACACCGGGCCUCCGGACACGCAGGGUGUCUCAGGGCCCAGCCCGCCCCAGGGCCUCCCCCGGUGAAGGCAACAGCCCUCUGCCCAGCGAUCGUAUAAUAAAGUGUAACCGUUUCACAGA